GAGUGAGGUGACAAUGGGGCCGACGGCAGGCAGGCGGGAUCGCCGUCCGGCGGGACGGAGGGGCUUUUUGCGCAGCGCCCAGCGGGCAGGCCGCAAGGCGCGAGGGGGCGGGGGGGCUCGAAUCAGCGCCGGCCCGGGGGGCGGGGCCGCGCCGACGGUACGUCGCGAGGCUUGUCGGACAGACCGAACAGCCAAUGGGAGGCGACGGGGAGGCCAGGGCUGCGCGCGGCGGGUGUGGCCGGGGGCGGGCGCAGUGCGUUCGGCGGCGUGGGGCCUAGGGUAGCUCGGGUCUGCGGCUUUCCACCGCCCGCUCGGAUUCUCUUCCUGCUUCGCCCGCUCACCGGCUCCUUCCCUUUGUGUUCGUCUCCUCCUGCCGUCAUGCCGCGCCGCCCUCCGCCUGCCCCACUGUGGCCCGGCGGCCUCCGCUCGUCGCCGCGCCGCUGAAGGAAAAGGAGGAGGAGGAGGAGAACGCAGCGAGGAGGAGGUUGCCCGCCCGCCGCCGCCUCAUGCCGCGGCCCCGUCCCGCCGCCAGCCCGGGCACCUGCAUGGACGGGCAUGGGGAGAGCUGCGCCUUCCUGCGCCGCCGGGGCUGAGGCGCCGCGCUGCUGCGGGCCGCGUCGCCCGUCGUUCACUGCCCUCGGCUUCCUUGCCGCCCUGGGGCUGCUGCUUGGCUCAGGUGACUGCCAGCUGCAAACACCUUGUCGAAUCCAGAAGUGCACCACCGAUUUCGUAUCCUUAACUUCACAUCUAAACUCGGGUCUUGAGGGCUUUGACUUGGAGUUCUGCAAGGCCCUGCGAGCAUACUCUGCCUGUACCUAUCGCAAUUCUAAAGCAUGCCGUGGAAAUCUAGUCUACCAUUCUGCAGUGCUUGGGAUCAGUGAUCUCAUGAGCCAGAGAAACUGUUCCAAAGAUGGACCCACAUCCUCCACUAACCCUGAAGUGACCCAUGAUCCCUGCAAUUACAGUAGCCACACAGAAGCCAGAGAACAUCGGGGAGGGGAGAAGACUCCUCCUACUACUUACCUAUUUUGUGGCUUGUUUGGUGAUCCUCAUCUGAGGACUUUUAAGGAUCACUUCCAGACAUGCAAAGUGGAAGGUGCUUGGCCCCUCAUAGACAAUAACUACUUAUCAGUGCAAGUGACCAACGUGCCUGUGGUUCCAGGAUCCAGUGCUACUGCUACAAAUAAGAUAACUGUUAUCUUUAAAUCAUACCAAGACUGUACAGAUCAGAAAGUAUAUCAAGCAGUGACUGAUGACUUGCCUGCAGCUUUUGUUGAUGGUACAACAAGUGGAGGUGAUGGGAACACCAAGAGCUUGCGAAUUGUGGAGAAAGUCAGUGGCAAAUACAUCGAAAUGCAUGCCAGGUACAUUGGGACCACCAUGUAUAUACGUCAGCUUGGGCACUACUUAACAUUGGCCAUUCGCAUGCCUCAAGAGUUGGUCAUGGCCUAUGAGGAGAGCCAGGAUCUGCAGCUCUGUGUGAACGGUUGCCCUUCAAGUGAACGUAUUGAUGAUAGUGGCCACUUACCAUUGCCUGUGAUGGGGCAAUUUCUCCCUCAGGGUGGUGCUGCUCAUCCCUGGUCAGUGUACACACUGGAAAGUGCCACCACGAAAUGCUAUGAGAAGAUGCUGGUGAAGGACAUCUAUUUUUACUCAUGUGUAUUUGACCUACUCACCACUGGUGACGCUAACUUCACGACUGCUGCUCACAGUGCCUUGCAGGAUGUGGAGGCACUGCACCCCAGAAAAGAGCACUGGCAUAUCUUUCCCAGCAGUGGAGGCUGUCCUUGGUGUGUCCCUUGCUGCCAUUACCAUACAAGUGUUUUACAGAAAGCGGAAGUUUCAACAGGUAUUAAGCUUUCGCAGGCGUGCAGUCUUAAAGUGGAAACUGUGCUCUGAAUUUUCCAUGGGAAGCAUUUCAGCAGCUUCCGUGCUGUGCAAGGUAGCUGGAAGUGCAGCUCUCUCCAGUGGCUCCAACUGCUGCUUUGCAUAUCUGGUAAGAGAAGAAACAUUCCCACCCCAUCUUCUACUCAAGAUGAAACACGGAACCCGAGUUAUAAAAAUGUAUCAUCUCUAUCAUAUGAGAAGAUUGAAUAGCAGCGUAAAGGAGAAAAGAAAGUAUAUCCUGUUACAAAGACUACAUCAUUUAAAGUGAAUUUACAGAAUAAAAUGAAGCUGAGCUUAGUAAAUAAACAUCUUGCACUUCAAGCAGUGCUUUCUGAUUAGCAAAUAGAGCAAUACUUUCUGCUCACUCCUAAAAAUCGCUCCAUAUUUUCACUUUCUAAAAUCAUGUUAAAAGGAAAAAAACAAGAGCACUUCGUAUCUAAAAAAAUAGUCAUAGAAAUAAUAAAGCACUUGAGAGAUUUGAAAUGUACAAGCAAGCAUUUACAGUAGCUGCCACAGGGCUGUUUCUUGGUGCCAUAUAUGAAGGGAAGAAGUAAUCAUGAGGAAGAAAUGAGGAUACUUCAUCAGAACUUGUCUUUUCAGGCAUGUUCUACUUAAUCAACUGCAUUCAAUAAGUACAGCAAAUUGUUCUGUCUGAUCAUUUUUACUGAAGUGACAGAACAAAGCACUUAUUUUUAGUAUCAUACAGAAUAUUUGGUGCAAAUGGAGAGUACCUCACCAUCUCAUUAAAAUUCUUAAUUGAUAAGUUAAAAGAUAACAAUGCCUGGUACUGGUACUGUGGCAGAUCUUUGCUAAUUUGUACGCCUGUGUGAGAGUCCUGGGGUAAACAUGAAAGCACUGGAAUUGUCAGGAAAAGGACAGAUGUGACAUCUGUGCAUUUGCUGGGAACCACUGAUCUGAAAAGAUCUCCCCAGGGUGGGGUGUGUGCAAAAGUUUUUCAGUUUUUCUGUGCUCUUUCACUGCUUUCCUUAGGGGGAAGGAAAGCUAUGUCUACAUUAGUAAGUAAGUCAUGCAGUGCAGUAGGAGUGGGUUUGCAGAGUAAAAAAAAAAAAAAAAGAGUUGAGGUCCCAACAUCCAUACCACACACCUUUGGGGGGAAUGGAGUUGCAUCAGUUGAGCUUUAGUCUGCUCCUGUGGCGUGGGUGCUUGGGAGGGUGUCUUCCCCUUUGGUUUCAUCUGAUGAUAACCAGGCUUGUGCAGAGAGAGGGUGCUCAACAGUGCAAAUCAAAGUGCAAAGAGCGGAAGGGAUCAGGAAAUGCACUUCAAAAAUCUACUUCUUACUCAAUCUAAAAUCCUAUUGUAGAUGCAUAGGGUGUUUGCCAAGUAUUUCACAUUUUCUGGAAACUUCUGUACAUCUACUAUGAUAAUAUCAGGCACCUGGUUCAAAAGAAUCUGAGAACAAUGAGGAACUCAAACCUUUUAAGUCAGUGAUAUAAAAGUUCUGAGUUAUUGAAAGUAAUAAGCCAGAAGUGACAACAUAUAUUUUGAGACAAGAGGAUCUGAAAGAAAUUUCUUCCUUACUAGGCUCCCAAAAUAGUAUUUCCACUAAUAAGACAAUUUCCUUUUACAUAUGACUAAAUGGAUAUGCUGUUACCCAAAAAUCUCAGAUUCUGUAGAAUCUGAAGCCUCCAAAUUUAGGUGGUCAAAUGGUUAUAAAAUAAACAAUUAUAAUUACUGACUUGUGGGUGCCAUAGCUAUUUAUCCCGCCCCGCAGUAAUUAUUCUUCAAGAUGUUGCAGUUGAAGAAUCAGUUAUGACAGAGUGAAUAACUUCCUGUAGCAUCCAUCAGUCUCUGUUUGGGUGGCAAGGAGAGGACGUUGGCAGAGGAUGUUUUGUGUUUUCUUUAAAUAGCUGUAACCACACAACUCUGUCUAAAUUGCCUGUUUCUCCCAUGCUCCCAAGAAGCAUGAAUGGAGGGGCAGGCCACGAGAGCCAGGUGCUGUUGACUGCCACAGAGCACACGUGUUCUUUCAUGUGCAGCUCUGUUCUAGCAUUCCCGUGAAUGACCAUGGAGCAACUUCUUUCACAGCUGGCUGAAAUUCAGAUUUUUUCACUGUCUCUGUGGAACAGUUAUUUCAGGGCCAGUCUUCCAAACCUGAUAUCUGUGUUGCAGCUAGGUUCAGUGUCUGGCAAACAUCAAAAGAUUUGAUGCCUUACAUACUUUGCUGUCACACUCCUCAAGCAGAUGGAAGAUACACUGGAGCAGUCAUCCACAGUGUUUGGUGAGACAACUAACUACUUUGAGAAAAUGCUUUCCACAGAUGAUGCCAAUUACAUAGCCCAAAGGUUGCGUAUUCUGUCACUCUGUGUAAUUUUGGCAUUUGGGAAUACCAGGGUAUUUAUAUGUGGGACACCAACAAGACCAAUAAUGUUUGGCCAGAUGUCUAAUGUUUUCAGUUUUAAGAUUACAUUCAACCACUUGCCAUCUUUACAACAGAUGGGAAGACAGAACCAAGGUAAAGUUGCAGCUGUUCUGUAUUUUCUCUCUCACAGAGAUACAGGCAGGAGUCUGAGUCUCACUCAUGAACCUGAUGGGCUCUUCUGUUGAAAAAAAUUCCAGAAGAAGCUAUUUUGUCAGAACAACAUUGGUGCACUGGACCUCUGAAGCUGAACUUUAAAAUUUUCAUUCAACUUAGCACUCAAGUUUCCAAGUGUGAAAGAGAGGAAGAUCAUUACACAUGCAUUCCUACUCUAGAGAAGCAGGACCACAUCUGUACUCAGUUCAUUUCCAACAUUUGUGAAGCGAUGUGUAACUUGGAACAGAUCUCCCUCAAUAUGCCUGCUUUCAGCUUCCUCAUUUUGUUUCUCACAUUUGCUAAGUAUUUUACUUUUAAGCCAAGAGCCAAUGAAAAGACUUGGUUUAGUAACCAGAAUUCCCACAUGCUAUUUUUCAGACAAGUGAAUGAGAUUGUCUCAUCUCCCAGCUUGCCCCAACAGGAACAUCUGGCACUGGCCAUGCUUGCCUUCCUGCUGCAAUCAGGGAUCCUUCAUGGAGGACUCAGGAACAAGCUGGGAGAAGAAAUCCUAGGCGAAGAGAUCUGAGUCAAUCCUGACGGCUGAAAGAAGACAUUAAGGGAUAAAGAAACACUGAAUAAAUUGUAGUAUUUGGAACCACCAAGUAAGGAUGAAAUAAAAUACUCACAUUAAAGUAUUUUGGUGUUCAAAAGACAUUACUACUAACAGAUGUAUGUCUCAUAUCCCCCUUGUUAUGCUGGGAUAACGCCAAUUCAUCUCAUAAAACAUACAUUUUAAAGUGUUUGCAGUACUAAAUUGACUGUAUCACUGCACCUGAGAAGAAAUGAUUAGUUUUUUAUUCUGUGAUCAUACACUGAAUAAUGAUAAAAGAAAUACUGAAUUUACUUCAUGCACUGUCUGCAGUGGAUGAAGUGGGCUUCCCUAGAAGUAGUAGUUUGGGGCUCUGUCAUUAAAGUUGCAUCAUGAGAAUUGCAUAGAGAGGUCUGAAUUAAGAUUCUGCAAGCAAACUUAGUUCUGGAAUCUCCUAACUUUUAAGUGAUUUGUUUUGCAAUUAUGCAAAUGUCAAGUCAUUCUUACGUUUAUGGAAAAAAAAAUUAAAAUACUGUCAUCUAAAAAUAUCGUGCCUCAGUUUUGAAUGUUUACAGUGUAUUUAUUGAAAAUGUUUAUUUUGUAAAGAAAUGGUAGGCUGUUAGUCCAUCUGUUUAUUCUGUAUGUUAUUAUACUACAAAUCCAUUUAUUAAGCCUUUAGCUUAUGAAUGGAAGAAUAACUUGACUCACAGUUAAUGUAAGCAAAUUUCAAGUUAAUAAUGACAAUGUCUUUGUAUUUAUGGAAACAUAGGUUGUAGUUCUAAUAAUAAGGUCUGUUUUGAGUUUUAUGCUUAAAUAACAUUGUCCUCCUUAUCAAGAAUAGUUUUCCACCAAAUUACAAGAGUCAUCCUUAAGUACAGAUGGAAUAUUCAAAAAUUUAAAAGCAAAUUGGAUAAUUUACAAGUAAAUUGAUGCUAUAACUUACAUCAUACUCCCUUGUUUUCAGUACUGCAACUUGAAAUAAUAGAACCUCUUUAAACUUCACACAUUUUCCCAUUGUAUUUCUAUGACAGUACAACUAGGGUUGGGUUUUCUCCUGCUUGCAGUCAUGAUUAUGGAGUUUCUCCAGAAUUUUAAAACUGCAGAAGGGCAUUCAUCUAUGAUUGUCUGAGGCUACAUCCUUGAACUUUGCAAAGGUAACUAUUUCAAGAGAUACACAUACUUGCAGAUUGUAAUAAUUGGGCCUACUUUGCCUUUCAGAUAAUUUCAUAUUCAUUUGUUCUAGUAUUCUGGCUGUAUUCUUGUCUGAAAAUAAAUAUUAUUCAUCUUA